CUCUGCUCGCAGCAGCGGCUUCUCGGUCCCAGCUUUAAUUGUAAGACAGCGGUUGUAAGGAGAGGGGGGAGUUUGGAUAGCGGAAUCCAGAAGUGGAAUCGGGAAGCCUAAUUGGGAUGCAGGUGAGACCAGUAUGAUCCUUGAAGAGUAUGAAAUACUUUGACAUUGCUAACAUUGGACAAGCUUGCAGUGUAAGUCUAUCCAGGGACUUCAUGCUGCUUUAAAUAAAAAAAUUAAUUGCCGUGGCUUGUAAAGUGCAAGAUACCCUUUCAGAGAAAAGGGCGGCUCUUCUUACAGGCAAGCAAUAACCUAGUUGUCCUACAAGAACAUGAACUUGGAUUUGGGAGUCGGCAGAUGUUAACCAACCUUUCAUAAUCACCUAGAGUCACAUAGCAGCAUGUCAGCUCUGACAGAACUAGCAUUCUCCAUUCUAGAAAAGAGGUAAUAUAAGAGUUUGAUUGUUUCCCUUCAAACGUCUCAAUUGUAGAAACUGACUACAAAGCUGAAGUCAUAUUUUAUUCUAUUAAUCUUGUGUUUUUUUUUUAAAAAAAAGCUUGGAUCCAAAUUCAUUUCAUGCUAUUUUUAAAGACUAUUAUACAAAGUGCCUUACUGAAGGAUCUCUUUUCUCCACUUUGAAGAGCAGCUGAACUGUUCGUAGCAGUUUCACGGUGAAACAGAACCUGAAAUCAGCACACCACUUUGGAUUAUGUUCUGGAAAAUUACAGACCAAAGAAAUCAAUAAUCUGGGUGUUUUAUAUUGUGCUUUAAGUGUGCUGCAUAUUCCUUGCUGGAGGUUAAAUUACAAGAAAGGUGAACCGGAGUGGAUUUGAUUGGAAACUAUUCUAGUUUCUCUGCUAGCUCUGUGUCUGGCAACUCCAGUUCUGAAUUGUGCUUGAUGGGGGUUUUUCUUAGAGGUGCCAACCUUUCAAUUAAGGACAGAAUACUAGAGUUGGGGGACUUGGCUUCUAUGUGCCAAAAGCCAUAUCAGCUUACCCCCCAAACAGAAGUCUGCUGUCCUAACAGUUGUCUUCAGUGCUACAUAAAGAAGAACUUUAUAAUUGUGCAACAUAACAUCUAAGAUGGAACUAAAAGAGGCUCAUCAUGCCAAUGGAGUGGUGCUGCCCAUUGUGGCUGGGCCUAUUGACUGUCUAUCCAGUCCCGACCGAGAACAUCUCGUUGAGUCUUCUGAUUUUUUAGAACCAGAAGGAGGAGGAGGCAUGGAAGUGGUGGUGAUUGAAUCCCGAGCCAAUGCAAAAGGGGUACGUGAAGAGGAUGCCCUGUUGGAAAAUGGCAGUCAAGCUACUGAAAGUGAUGAUACUAGUACAGACCGGGGCCCAGAACCAACCUCUCCUCUCAAAGAGACUUCUUUUUCUAUUGGUCUACAAGUCCUUUUUCCAUUCCUGCUGGCAGGGUUUGGAACUGUAGCUGCUGGGAUGGUGCUGGAUAUUGUACAGCACUGGGACGUCUUCAAGUAUGUGACUGAAGUAUUUAUCCUGGUUCCAGCUCUCUUGGGGCUGAAAGGGAAUUUGGAGAUGACAUUAGCUUCUCGCCUUUCUACUGCUGCUAACAUAGGACAAAUGGAUACACCAAAAGAGCUCUGGAAGAUGAUAAUAGGGAACAUGGCUCUGAUACAGGUUCAAGCAACAGUUGUUGGUUUUCUGGCUUCAAUUGCUGCAGUGAUAUUUGGCUGGAUCCCAGAUGGACACUUCAGCAUUGACCAUGCUAUUCUCCUUUGUGCCAGUAGUGUGGCCACUGCCUUCAUUGCCUCUCUUGUACUGGGCAUGAUCAUGAUUGGCGUAAUCAUUGGUUCCAGAAAGAUGGGUAUCAAUCCUGACAAUGUGGCUACGCCUAUUGCUGCCAGUCUUGGUGACCUUAUUACUCUGGCUCUGCUUUCUGGGAUAAGCUGGGGCCUCUAUAUAGAACUGGAAGACAAGCCUUAUGUGAAUCCCUUGGUGUGUGCUUUUUUUGUUGCACUGCUACCUCUCUGGAUCAUCAUUGCUAAGCGGAAUCCAGCAACCCAGGAGGUACUAUAUUCUGGCUGGGAACCAGUCAUCAUUGCCAUGGCAAUUAGCAGUGUUGGAGGAUUGAUAUUGGAUAAAACAGUGUCAGAUCCAAAUUUUGCAGGAAUGGCAGUCUUUACUCCUGUUAUAAAUGGUGUUGGUGGCAAUCUGGUAGCUGUCCAGGCUAGCCGCAUAUCCACUUAUCUCCAUAUGAGUGGGGUGCCUGGAGAGAAUUCAGGGAUAGCCCCCCGCAAGUGUCCAAGUCCCUGUAGCACCUUCUUCAGUUCAGAUGUGAAUUCCCGGUCUGCUCGGGUGCUUUUCCUUCUGGUUGUGCCAGGCCAUUUGGUUUUCCUUUACACCAUCAGCUCCAUGCAGGGAGGCCACACUACCCUCACUCUGAUAUUUAUAGUUUUCUACAUGACCGCAGCACUUCUCCAGGUUCUCAUUCUUCUUUAUAUUGCUGACUGGAUGGUUCAUUGGAUGUGGGGUCGAGGCCUGGACCCGGACAAUUUUUCUAUACCUUAUUUGACAGCACUGGGUGACUUGCUUGGAACAGGUCUCCUGGCACUCAGCUUCCACAUCCUCUGGCUAAUUGGGGAUCGGGAUACUGAUGUUGGAGACUAACAGCAUCCUUCCUCAGCUUCUUCAGUCAGUUCAUCUCCUUCAGUCACAUUCCCCUGCCCCCAUGAAGCUUUGUUGCCACCCUCUGUCGUUCUUUGGGACUUUAACUUUGAUACUAGAUUCUCAUUAUUUUCAAUGGGAAAUUUUAUGUGGUUUAUAUUUCAAGCCAAGUGUGUACAGGAGAAUUAGUUUUAAGAAGGAGUUUAAGAAGAAAAUGUAUAAAGACAAUCACCAAGUGCAAUUUCAAAUGUGUAACUAUUUAUAUAUAAUAGAUAUAAUAGAGAAAAAUUGAACAACAAAUUUUAAAGAAAACCACCUUCCUCCAUUUGUACUCACUUAAGGUAUAGAUAAGUGUUUUUCCAGCUUGGCAUUUUCAAGAUCUGUGGACUUCAACUCCCAGAAUUCUCCAGCCAACACAUUUUAAAAUUAUCAAGUUUGAAAAACACUAUACUAGGUAUGUACAAGGCUAUCACUUGUGUAAUAUAUGUAUGUGAAUAGUUAAGAUGCAGCUGGUAAUUGGUUUGUUUUCAAACUAGGCUGAUAUUUUUCAUCUGUUGCCAUAAUUGGUAUCAGGUAGUAACAAAUAGAUGAAGUGUUUUGGACACACACAUACCCCUCCUAGCUUAUCCUUGAUAGUAUAAUAAAUAAUUGGCCAAAAACAGGUCUUUAUGGAUCUGAAAACUUUCAAUAUAUGAGAUUGAGACACGUUAAUAUUUUGAUGCCAAAUCCUGAUACUACAAUUGAAGGCAACUUUUAAGUGUUUAGCACUUCUUCAAAUCUACAGAACUCAAAUAAAAUUAUUAAAGUAAUUUGUGGGAUGUUUCCCAGAGUUGACCUGAUGCAUUGUAAUGUCAAGAUGGAGUUGGUUCUUUUGAAAAGCCUUCACAUGAAAUACAAUGAGAAAUUAAAGCUCCUCACACAUAUAUUUCAUAGUUUAUUUCUUGAAGUUUAGACUUGUAUACAAACAUUGUCUUGUCUGUAUAGUGUAGUUAUAAAAACUGGCAGGUUCCUCCUGCAUGGUAGCAAAUCCAAUAUUUUCAAUGUAAGUUCUGUCCUCUAGGUCAAACAUUAGAACAUCUGUAAUAUUGAAUUAAAUAGAUGAAUGCUAUUAUUAUGAAUCUGAAGAAAUGGCAUUUAUUUUAUUUUAUUUUUCAUGAAAAAUGAGACAUUAAGAACACAUUAAGUCUUAGAAUUGUAAAAACCAGACAGCAAUCAGAUAAUUUGGAUGUUGUGCAUAGCAAUUGAAUCUGUGGAAGCAACAACAUAUCAGGUUCCCUAAGUAGGGGGAUUUGGCAUGAAAUACACUCUUCUUACUAUAGAGUCAUUUAGAAUUUAUCUUCUCACGUGAUUUUGCUUGUAUAAAUGGAGCUUGAGCAUAGGUAGCUCAAAAUAUUUAAAUAAGGAAUGCCAAAUCAGUUGCAUAAAACAAGAUGUGAAAGGGGGAUCUUUUUCAUUUUAUUCAAGAAUGCAAAUUAAGAUUCUGUGCUGUCCCAGAGAGACUGGAGGCCUAUUGUGCUGCAUGUUAUUUGAUAUUGAACUC